CGCAUCGAGCGCACUGAGCCCACGUGGUGCGUUCGAGCGGUUCGAGGAAUACGUCAAUGGAAAAGAAAAAGAAGAGAAACUUUAGCAUAUACAUAAUUCGUAUUUAAUUUAGUAUGAUUUAAUAAAUUUGUUGAUUUCCGUACGAGAUAAAGUUACGGCGGAGAUAUAUUUUAAUUCGAGAGGAUAUUGACGAGUUUAGCAUCCGUGACCUGCGUUUGCUUUAGCAUUUGUUAACCUGUAUAAUGUAAAUAAAUUUGAUUUUUCGACACGAAAUGGCCAAAUACGCGUACUUUCUAUCGCGUGAAACGUCGUUAGGACUUUACCAGCCAAAACCUUCAAGAUUUCUGCGUACGUGUAGCCGAACGUUGAACGUGAUACGAAAAUUUGCGGACGACAGACCGGCUAUCAUCUUGGGAAUCGAAACGAGUUGCGACGAUACGGGAUGCGGAAUCGUAGAUACCACGGGAAAAAUAUUAGGCGAAGCGAUAAAUUCGCAACAUCUUACUCAUUUGAAACAUGGUGGCAUAAUACCUACAAUUGCCAGUGAAAUGCAUAGGAAACAUAUUACUACAGUUUGUGAGGAUGCCCUAAGAUCGGCGAAUCUAAGAUUAAAAGAUAUAGAUGCUAUCGCAGCUACAAUUAAGCCAGGUCUUCCCUUGUCGCUUGUCGUUGGAAAUAACUUUGGCAAAUAUCUCUCUAGGAUCGGUAACAAACCGUAUAUACCGAUACAUCAUAUGGAAGCUCAUGCGUUGACCGUACGGAUGGUGCAGAAAGUAGACUUUCCUUAUCUUGUUUUGCUUGUAUCAGGUGGCCAUAGUUUAUUAGCGAUCGUUGAAAAUGUUGAUAAAUUUUACUUGCUGGGUACUACGCUAGAUAAUGCACCCGGAGAAAUUCUGGACAAGAUCGCUCGUAGGCUGAAGCUCGCGAAUAUACCGGAAUUCUCGCAUAUGAGCGGUGGCCAAGCGAUAGAAAGCGCAGCGAGCAAAGCAUCAGACCCAACUAAAUUCGUUUUCGACCCUGUCUUAACAAGAAAGAGAGAUUGUCAAUUUAGUUUUGCAGGUAUAGCAAACAAAAGUUUUAGAUAUGUUGAUAAAGAAGAACAAAAUUUUGACGUUGCUGAUAGCACGGCAAUUCCCGACGUGUAUAAUUUCUGCGCUGCCCUACAAAUGUCUCUUACAAAACACGUAUGUCUCAGAACGCAGAGGGCAAUGGAAUUUAUUAAUAAUGCGAAUUUGAUAUCGCAAGAAAAGCGAACCCUGGUAAUAUCCGGCGGGGUGGCUUGCAAUAAUUUCUUGGCAAAGGCUUUAGAAAUUGUUUGCUCGGAAAAAGGCUUUAAAUUUGUUCGAACUCCACCGCGUUUGUGCAACGACAAUGGUGUAAUGAUAGCGUGGAACGGUGCGGAAAGGUGGACAGCGAAUACAGGAGUUCUCCGAGAUAGAGAGGAAAUCGAAAUGGUAACUGUCGAGAAAAACGCAUCGCUCGGGGAAAGUUGGAUCGAAAGAGUGGAAGAUGCAAACAUAAAAUGUAAAUUGGUGAAAUUAAAUAGUCUUUGAACAAA